CCGCCAGCAUCUCGCGGGCCUUGCGGCGGGGCGGGAGCUGCCCGCUGCAAAUGGCGGGUGAGCUGAGGUGCGGGUGGUGCCAUCAUGGAGCACAUCACCACGCCGAAGGUGGAAAACGUGAAGUUACUAGAUCGCUAUACAAACAGGAAGGCAGCAAGUGGGACUUUAUACCUGACAGCUACCCAUCUUAUCUAUGUCGAUGCUUCUGCUGAAGUCAGGAAAGAAACAUGGAUCCUGCAUCAUCAUAUUGCAACUGUAGAAAAAUUGCCUCUAACUACAGCUGGAUGCCCGCUCCUUAUUCACUGCAAGAACUUCCAUGUGGCUCACUUUGUUAUUGGGCAGGAACGUGACUGUCAUGAAGUGUAUACCUCCCUGCUCAAGCUUUCACAACCAGUGAAACCUGAAGAACUUUAUGCUUUCUCUUACAAUCCUAAAAUGUCUAAAGAUAACCGGGAGAUUGGAUGGAAACUGAUUGAUUUGAAAGUAGAUUACCAGCGUAUGGGAAUCCCAAAUGACUAUUGGGAAAUAACAGAUCUUAAUAAAGACUAUGAGGUUUGCAACACUUAUCCUCCAGAAAUCGUGGUGCCUAAAGCUGCUAGUAAAGCAACGGUGAUUGGAAGCUCAAGGUUCAGAAGCAGGGGGCGGAUUCCAGUGCUUUCUUACUUAUAUAAAGAAAACAAUGCUGCCAUAUGUCGUUGUAGCCAGCCCCUCUCUGGGUUCAGUGCUCGUUGUCUGGAGGAUGAGCAAAUGUUACAGGCAAUCAGAGAAGCCAACCCUGGGAGUCCCUUCAUGUAUGUUGUAGACACAAGGCCAAAGUUAAAUGCCAUGGCCAACCGAGCUGCUGGGAAGGGUUAUGAGAAUGAAGACAAUUACGAGAACAUUCGCUUUAAAUUUAUUGGCAUCGAAAACAUCCAUGUGAUGCGGAACAGCUUGCAGAAACUCCUGGAAGUGUGUGAAACAAAGUCUCCAUCCAUGAGUGACUUCCUUACUGGGCUGGAGAACUCAGGUUGGUUACGGCACAUAAAGGCUGUGAUGGAUGCAAGUGUCUUUCUCGCAAAGGCUGUGAAAGAUGAAAAGGCCAGUGUGUUGGUCCACUGCUCUGAUGGGUGGGACCGCACAGCACAGGUCUGCUCCCUGGCUAGCCUCCUCUUAGAUCCGUUUUAUAGGACUUUUAAAGGCUUCAUGGUUCUUAUUGAAAAGGAGUGGAUUGCAAUGGGCCAUAAGUUUUCACACAGGUGUGGCCAUUUGGAUGGUGACCCAAAAGAAGUAUCCCCUGUCUUCACUCAGUUCAUUGAGUGUGUCUGGCAGCUCAUGCAACAGUUCCCUUGUGCAUUUGAGUUUAAUGAGCAUUUCCUUCUGGAAAUCCACGAUCACGUCUAUUCCUGCCAGUUUGGAAACUUCCUUGGCACCUGCCAUAAGGAGCGUGAAGAUCUGAAAAUCUUUGAGAAGACCCAUUCUCUGUGGCCUUUCCUCUUACAGAAGAAGCAGGAAUUGAGAAAUCCUUUGUACAGAGGAUUUACAGCUUACAAAGAGCUUCAACCCAACACGCUACCUUUUAGUUUUCAGUUUUGGUGUGGGAUGUACAAUCGCUUUGACAAAGGAAUGCAUCCCAAACAGUGUGUAUUGGAUCAUCUUCUGAGCUGCAUGAACCAAAAGAUAAAACUAGAGGACAGUGCAUCUGAAUUGGAAAAUAAACUUCCUUUCCUUGAUGGUCCGUUACCCAGUGAAGCUUCCUUCUUAUCUAAAGUAGGAUGCGCUGCUUCAAAAACACCAAUGCUGAACACUCCCCAGGAUUAUGAACGGGAACCACCUCCUGUGUUGACCAACGGUAUUUCAGUUGGAGAUAUAAAUGUUACGUCAGAUGUGGACCAGAAAAACAAAGAGAACCUGGCUAAUCACCGAGACCUCCAUCUUAAUGACAGCGUCGAUGUUUUAAACUCUGAAAUGAAGGAUGGAAAGCCUCAGCACCAUUGACCAGCUUUGAGAAUUGAGUUCAAUGAAGCAGGUGCUUGUGAGGCAUAAAGGAUCCUAUGACCCUGCCAAGGUGGAGUCCACCUAACCACUUCCUGCUAAGUGUUACUAUGUAUGUUUGCAGGGAGCUGUGCUCUCGCUGUAGCGAGUGCAGUCCAUGUUUGGUUUGGUUUGCAUCAUUUUGGGGCUAAAAUGAUGAAGAUGCAUACAGAGCUGCUGAGGAGGCUAUCCUGAGUUACAGUAUAAACCUUAUUUUUAAGUGGAGGGUUGAUGUUUGUUUUAAGGCUUAGAAUUAUCCGGCAGUACUGCUGUUUUAAGCUGGAAGGCAUCAUGGCCAAUUAACAUGGGGUUUAGGAGUUGAUGCAGUAUUCAUGAGGGGAGUAGGAGAUACAAUGCAUUUAAGUCAGUGGUGGUGCAGGGUUGUAAAUGCCCUAAUGUUCAUCUAAAAGUGAAAAGUCUCUUAGCUGUGGAUGAAUCUCUGCAUGGACCCUCACCUAAUGGAAGAACUGAUACAUUUAUUUUGUUUCCUAUGCACAUUUGUUAAACAAAAAACUGUGCCUUUCUAUGGAGACCACUUUAAUAUCUAGCUGUGCAAUGCAGUAGUAUUAAUUUAGUGUAGAGUGUAGUAUUUGGCCGUCUUUGUAGUCAGUAUUUUUAAACAAAGUUGUUUUUUAUCUGCUACCACAUUCCCCCAGAUCUGUGCUGGUCCCAAGUUAAGCAGCUCCUUUCUAAGCUGACCUUUGAAAGAAUGAGCUUUUCUGGACUUCAUUUACUUAUCUGUGAGAGUGUAGCAAGCCACAGAGCCUAUAGCACGUGGAUUUUUGACAGGAGGGUUAGAAAUAAGGCAACAUAAGAGAAAUACUCAAAUUCAUAUGCAAUCUUCCUCUUAAUUGGUGUUGGAUGAGCUGAAGCAGGAGAGUAACUCAUUCUGUGUUGGGCUUGAUGUGCUUUCCAGAUCCUUCAAUAAGGCAACAAUUGUAGAUUAAGCGUAUUCAUUCUCCUGUAGAAAUGAGACAUAAAAUGAUGACUUCUGAUCACCCACUGAGUGAUUAUAGCGAAUGUUAAAAUCAGGUGAAACCUUAGGUGUGACCUAUCUGCAAUGACAAGACCUGAGGGAAAGAAAAGUUUCUCUCAUAGCAUUGAACUGUGUAAUUUUGUGGAGCUGGUGACAAAACGUGGAUUUAUUAAUUGGGAUGUAACCUGCUAUUGGAUCAAGAAAUGAACAUCUUGAGUCAUUAUUGUGGCUCCAUCUUGGCCUCACUUCAGUGCUUGGUUCCUUUAAUCUGCUGUGGAGAUGCUGGUUGAAGUCAAUGGUUUAAAGGAGAAAUGCAUUCCAUUUACUCAAUUCCAAAGGUUCAUCUCCCUGAGGUAAUGGAUGGCCCAGAAAAGCUAUUCCACAAUACAUGUUCUGGAUAGGUUUAGCCUAUGGAUGUGUUUAUAUUGCACAAAGGUUCCUCUUAGUGCAGCUUAAUUCAUUAUGUUGUUUUUUUUUUCCACUCUCCUUUGGACUAUGUUGUUUAAAUCAGAUGUUCCCAUCAGGUAAAUGUUUAAAUCAGAAUCUCUAUGAAAAAAACUUUAAAAUAUUUGGUUUAAAAUUAACCCUCCCAAUCUAAAAUAAGGAGUAGAAACAUUCAAUUGUUCCAUUACAGCAUCGUCGUAGCCGUUGUUGGUGUGCAUGCAACAUACGGUGAGGUGACUGGGGUAGUUCCAGAGUUCAACAUGAACGCUUUCAAAUGCUUUCAGGAAGAGAAGAGAACUCUUCUGUGUGUAUCCCUUUGGGUAAGAAAGUGCUUUAUUAAGCAUACCCAAAGACUCAGGUAAUAAGGGUAAUAGCAGAGGGAAGUUUCUUUAGUUUCACCAGUGGCAAGGAAAAACUUUUUUCUACUUUUUCUAACGUUACAGGUUUUUAAAUGUUCAAACAAGUAACGUUUAGGUCUGUUUUAAAAAGCACUUGUUUUUAAGGUGUGAGUACAAACUAAGUAUGUUAAGUACUGAACCUAGAUACGCUUAAACAAAUGUACCCACACAACAAACUCUGAGCAUCACAUCUAUGUACUAUACUAUGUAUGAUGCAGGCAGCUGUAUUUGUUUUGAAGGAUGCUCAUUUCCAAGUACUUUUAAUCUCAAGGUUAUCUGUUCUUUUGUCUCUUUACUAUUAAAAAGAUCCGAUUAACGUUAAUCUAAUCAUGCUCAGCAUUAAGCUAGAUGGUCUGCCAGCCCUUGUUUGCAAUACUCACAUAUUCAUCAGGCAGAGGGAUAGCACCCAUGCCUGACUCUCACUUCUCUAAAUGCACAGGAUUUGAAAUUCUGCCAUAGGCUUCUACUGGAAAGUAAUUGUUGUCUCUUCAUAGUCUAAAAGCUCAUUUCACGUGCGUGCUUAGCAGUUCGGAGCUUUGUUCAAACAAGCUAAUAGAUUUAUUCCUUCUAAGUAGUGGAGGAUAGUGAAUGGUAUGCAUAGCUUCUGAAUUAGGUAACUAAAUGGUAAAUGAGACCAAGGUAGGCAGUUCUUAGCACCAGUUAUUUUAGAUGUCAACAGGUUCUAUGCAUUUCGUAAUGAAAACGGGAUCAUUAUAGACAAACUUUGACUACUGAGGAAUUUAGAUAUAUCCCAUGUUAAUCUUUACAUAAAUAGAGAUAUUUUGCAGAAGGUUUCUAUGUUUACACACUGCCUUGUCUUUUGAAUUAAUGCAGAUUAUCUUUUUCCCCCCAGGUGUAAUAGUGUUUGCUUAUCCCUAAAAUCAGCAUCUCCACAGAGCUUUCUGGAAGGCAAUAUUUAUGAGCCUACAACCCUGAAAAGAAAACUUCAUGCACUGAAAGUGCUUAUAAGCUGUUAGCAAUCAGUGUGUGACUCUGUACUUGGAAAUGCAAAACCCAGCUGAAAGGAGGGUAACGAGCUGCAGUCUUUCAGCUUUUGGAGUUUAUAUAUAUAUAUAACUCAUAUAUAUAUAAACUUGGCCAAAGUCUACAAAAACUAAAAAUCAUUAGUGCUGGUGCUGUCAAUUAAGGGAGCUGAAAUACAUUCCAGGGUUUCUUGGAAUUCCAUAAGGUUAUUUGUUUGCAAACUCAUUAGCUUAGCUGUGAGGGUUUUUCUUGUUGUUUUGAAUAUGAUUUUAAGACCAAAAAAUGAGCAGCUGUUCAAAGCACUGCAGUGUGUUCUCAGGUCCUAGUGCCCUGCUGGCAGUAGCGAGGGACUUCUAUGUAUGUUCCCUGGAAGCGUUAAAGGGAAAUUUAAAAGCUGUUAGAUAGGAACCUCCUUAUUUGAGCACUGUACAGGUGAGAAGUUACUGUAACUUAUUUAUUCCUAGUGGCGCAUCUAUCUGUGUGUUGUAAAGUCAAUGAGUACUUUCCUGUUAGGAGCUGUUAACAGUGGAACUUGCUGCUUUCUGUUUGGAUUCCUCUGCCAGGGAUGACAGAGGGGUCCUUUCUGCUGUGGGUGGUUUCUGCUUAUGCAAAACUUUUCCUUAUUUUUGGAGUCCUUCUUGCUUUGAGAUUCUCUGCUAUCAUGGUUGAAUUCCCCUAUGUAGUCUUCAAGGCCUAGUGAGAGGGAGUGCUGGCACCACUUUGUAUUGAGAGCUGGAAUCCUUUUUGUGUGUGUGAGUCAAGCUGUUAUUAGAAGCUGGGGCAAUUCCUUGUUUACAUGCUGUCCCUCUUGCACAUAGAAGCAUUUCUCAUGCCUGAAAUCCAGGCCGGGAGGAAAUGAUCCGUUCUGAAUGUAAUAGUUUUGUUUUAAUUAAUGUGCAGCAGGUCCUGUUGAAGUGCAUGUUCUUGUUAAGUAUCUUCAGCACUAAAAGCAGCCAGGUUGGUGCCAGUUGCAGUCUGUAAUUUGUUAAGUAUAAUUGUUUAAUCAUGUGGCGCUGUGUCCUUUUAGCAUCUCGCGGCCGACAGAAGCAAUGCAGAAGGAGGGUAGGUUCAAAUGGUUGACCUUAUUUCUUCUCAUCAUGUUGACCCAUGUGUAUAUGCCUCUGUAUUUAAUGUAGCAGCAUACUACUGGAGUAACUCGUAGCACUGGAUCUAAAUAUGUAAAUAAAUAAAUAUCUAAAUAUGUACUUUUCUCAUCAUCACCAAGUGAUCUUUGUAGGAACUUGCCUUUGCUUGUCUAUAGUGCUCAGCUGAAAAUGUUACAUGUUUUUGCUGUUUCUGUGAGUUGCUAUUUUUGUCCUGACUGUAAUUGUUGAGGGACAGUUGUAUGAAACUGUGUAUGAUUAAAUCCCAUGUUCUCGAAUGUGCUGCAAUGGCUGUGCACAUGAAAGGCGUUUUUAGUUAAUGCAGUGCUUCAAAACAUUGUACCGUGUUAAGAGGAGCACUGUGUCCUUUCUCUAAAUGUAUUUGGAGUUACAUUUGUAUUACAGUUGCUUUUUAUUUCUUAAAAAGAAAAAUAUCAAUACCUUGCCUUUUUAAUGGUGGUGAUUGGUCUGUUUCUUCAUUAAAUUCAACUCAGAACU